GCCGAGAAUGUGGCUCGCCGUUUUGGCGCGCGGCGUACUGGCGACUUCUGUCACGCAAAGCUAGAUCUGGCUCCUACCCACGCUAACUCGAGCAGCAGCAUCAUCAUGCGGGCAUUCUCAAUCAAUGCUUCCAUUCUUUCCUCUUCCUCUUGUGCUUUUGGCGGGGUCUCAGAGACGACAUCUGUUCCGGAAGUCUAAGAUCCGCAGUGUGCACACAUUCGGCAAAGGAUUCCUGAUUUGGUAGUGUAUACCGUAGAAGAAGUUUGUGCCCUCUUGCUUUCGCUUGAGCAAUUCAGGUGAAUCUCUAAGAUCAGCGUUACAUUGAAGUGCAAUGGCUACAGACAGCAAACCGAAACCAGCAUUGUCACCUCUUUGGACAACAGUGAAGCCGUUUCUCAAUGGAGGCUUGUCAGGGAUGGCAGCCACAUGUGUCAUUCAGCCAAUUGACAUGGUCAAGGUGCGAAUUCAACUCACCGGUGGAGGCCCCAUUGGUGUAGCGAAGGAGAUCAUGGCCAAAGAAGGGUUUGGUUAUUUCUACAAGGGUCUCUCUGCCGGACUUCUCAGACAGGCCACCUAUACGACCGCCAGGCUUGGAUCAUUCAGGAUUCUGACCACAAAAGCCCAGGCUGCAAACGACGGCAAGCCCCUCCCUCUGUAUCAGAAGGCGCUGUGCGGGCUGAGCGCUGGUGCCAUCGGGGCAUGUGUCGGAAGCCCCGCCGAUCUCGCUCUUAUUCGGAUGCAAGCCGAUUCCACUCUUCCUCUUGAGCAACGGAGAAACUACAAGAAUGCCUUCCAUGCCCUAUCGAGGAUCACAAAGGACGAAGGGGUGUUGGCUCUUUGGAGGGGAGCCGGGCCGACCGUCGUCAGGGCCAUGGCACUCAACAUGGGGAUGCUCGCUUCAUACGAUCAAGCCGCUGAGAGUCUCAAAAGCCAAGGCUUGUCUGAAAUUCAAACCGUCUUGGGUGCCAGCGCCAUCUCCGGCUUCUUUGCCGCCGCCUGCAGUCUGCCCUUCGACUACGUGAAGACCCAGAUCCAGAAGCAGCAGCCAGGGCCUGACGGGAAGCUGCCCUUUGCGGGUUCGUUGGACUGUGCCGUCAAGACGAUUCGGCAAUAUGGUCCUCUGAAGUUGUACUCUGGGUUCCCCACCUACGUUGUGCGGAUAGCGCCGCAUGUGAUGUUCACCUGGCUCUUCCUCAACCAGAUCCAGAAGACGCAGAAGAAUGUUGGGUUGUGAUGCAACGGUGAGCUCGAUCAAUUGUUGUGGAUUCUUGUGGGACAGAAUUGGAAGGUCAGAGAGGAUUGGAAGGAGGUUUGGUGAGCAUGGAAUGAAUACAUUUGGUAGCCAGGAGGUUCAAUAGGCUGUACUAUGGUCAACCUUUCGGAGGUGAAGCGAAGCUUUGGGUUGCCAUCCUGUGUUUUGUUCAACGAAGAAACGGCCGACACAAGGGGGGAUCGGCGUACAUUGUUACAACAGGAAUCGACUUUGACAACCAAGAGGGGUGCUUUACUUUUGCUCUGGUAAUAACGGGGGGGCGAACAAGCUUAGGCGACAGGUCCCAAAUAUAGAAACGAUUCAAGGCACGGAUCUGCUUGCCGAAUAAGGAACAUUGACACGCUUUAUUUCUUACUGAAUCCUACGAGUCUCAUUUCCUGGGGCGUCUCGAGUUACUACCGCAUACUUGACGAAUAUGCAUGGUCCGCAUUGUUUGACUCGUCCGAAGGCACAGUAACUCCCGAUGAUAUCGACUAGAGCAAGUGCCUUGGCAAGCCGACCGUGCCUCUGAAGUCGAUGGCC